CUUGCAGAAAAUCUUUCAAUCGACAGAAAUCUAACGCGACAAGAAAUUACUACAUUUCUUAACCAUACCGUCAAUCUGGGUUGCUAUGUCACCAAUGUAACUGAACCUACAAACUCGUUUCAGUCUCUCUCCUCGCCUGUAACGUCGGAACCGGUUGUGUACACCUGGAAAAAGGACAAUGUUACUGUCACGCGGUCUUCACGUGCAAAAAUUCAUGGGAACGUUCUGGUGGUGACACCAGAGUCCCCAAAGGACUUUGGGAUGUACGAAUGUAACGUCACGAAUGGAGUGUCAAGUACCCAAUGUAGAAUCUUAUUGAUAAAAGGAUUGAAGUAUGAGUUAGCUGGUGAGUACAAAACAAGCGUCUUGGAUACUGAAUGAACACUGCCUGCUUGGACAACCCAAUUCCCAGUGACACAAAUCUCAUUUUUUUAUUCACAAUUUAAACUAUUGCGAAUCCCAGUUUCUAUUGUACCCUUUGAGAACUCCUUCAACAGUAUUUUCACGGUAUCAUUUGCUGAAAUGAAAUGAAAUUUGGGAUAAACUUUGGCUACUUCUGGAUGUGAAUGUUUAAUUUCAUACUGUUGAUUAAUGGCUUUUUGUUAUGCAUUUCAGGAGGAAAAGGGUGUGUCAAUAUUUCUGUUUUGAUGCCUGUUUUGGCUGUAGCAGUGCUGUUUGCUCUGUUCUUUGUCCAUCUUGUUAUCAAACGAAAGGAGCCUAAAAUACUCAGCCAAAAACGACGAAAAUCUGAACAACGCAGAAAGUCCAGGAAAUUACUGUACAAUAAGUUUAAUGAUGAAAAAGCAAACAAUAAUGAAAAGAAGCAAGACAUUGUCUCCACAGAGAUGCAGGUGAUAAAUGAUUACACCAGCGCACCAAAACCACAGGAGCCGGAGCCAGAGCCGGAACCGAAACCUAGUGAAGAGCGCAGGCGCGAACAAAGAUCUGUUUUUUCCUACAAAUCUUUUCGAGAGCUCUCCAUAGAACUCGAUGACGCGGAAACUGCAUCUCUGGUGUCAGAUGAAUCAAAAACUUCCAACGACAAAAGCGGUUUUUACGACAAGAUCUUCAAAACCGAUUCCAUUGACGAGAGCGAUGACGAAGACCUUUCCCAAACAACGGAGGAAGCAGCCGCAGUUUUGUUACCUAACGGGGGUAAAGGCAAAGUAAAGUUUUUUCGAUAAACCCUAUCAUUCAGAAUCUAUGGAUCUUAAUGAUGGUGGUUACGCACAAAUGGCAAGCUGCCACUGUUAGUUCUGUCAUGGAUGCAUUUUCCAACCAAGGAUUUAAAACGGAGUCUGUCGAUGUUCACAUUGCAAAAGAGAAAGAUAAAGUUCCAAGUGCAAAGGAGCCCAUUUACGAUGAUACACCUGUUGCUGAUACAUACUUCUGACCAAUCUUUCACUGCAGGUAUCAAUUCAAGUUCUCAGUGUCAAAUCUUCCCUUUUGAAAUGAAAUUGGGAUAUUAAAAGUUGUUUGAAUUCAUGAUAUUUAUAUAUGAAUUUUAUACCUAUAAUAGUCUGCUAUUUACCAGGCCCCGGUUGUUCAAAAGCUGGAUAGCGCUAUCCACCAAAUAAAUCACUAUCCAGCGGAUACGUAUUACGGGAAACAAUUGCGUUAUCCGCUGGACAGUGAUUUAUCCGCUGGAUAGCACUAUCCAACGUUUGAACAACCAGGGCCAGUACGAUAAAUGUAUUCGUCAUUGCUUUAACAAGUCUACCAUUUCAAAGUGCCAAUGGGUUUAGAUUUCCAUUCCAUAAACCUACGAAAGGGUGGCGGUUCCGCUACGGAAACAAACCUGCGAAAACAAACGUUUCUCCUCGUUCAUCGCCGCUGGGGGACGUAAAACGUCUCUUUUCGCAGUUUACGUGAAAGUAUAUUUUUUUAUUCAUAGAGUAUUGCCUCAGCGUUUUUCUGCAGUCUCUCAUUUAACGCCCUCAUCUUGAAAGACAAGAAAGCCCGUGGGAUGAGGAUGCGCGGGACGGGAUGGGACGAGGAUGGGCGGCAUUGA